AUGUCGAAAUUUUUAUUAAAUCUGGAAGAUCCAGAAAAUCCCCUACUCGGUCCCACUUUAUGGGGUUUGCAAAGAUGGGGGAUGUGGCAACCAGAAAAAGGCAUAAAACAAGUUAUUUACAACACUGUUCAUGUACUAGCAAUUCUCUUUGUUCUGAGUCAGUACGUAGAACUCUGGUUCAUCAGAUUCAAUAUGGACAUGGCUAUGAGGAACCUUUCAGUUACAAUGUUGAGUACUGUAUGCGUCAUAAAAGCAGGGACUUUCAUCAUUUGGCAGAAGGAUUGGAGACGAUUAGUCUCUUUUGUUUCUACAACAGAAAAGUACCAAUUUAGUAAGAAGGAUACAGAAGCUGAUAAAAUCAUCCAGGAUUAUACUAAAUAUUCUAGAUCGGUGACGUAUUUUUAUUGGGGUUUAGUCUUUGCUACGGUUUUGACAGUAAUUUUGGCGCCAUUCGCUGGUUACCUGUCUUCUUCUCAGAUACGUAUGAAUGAAACAGUACCGUAUCCAGAAAUUUUAAGCUCUUGGGCGCCAUUUGAGAAAUCUAAAGGUUUCGGGUAUUGGAUUAUGGUGAUGGAACAUGCCUUGAUAUGCUGUUAUGGGGGUGGUAUAGUUGCUAAUUACGACUCCAACGCGGUUGUAUUGAUGACUUUUUUCGCUGGACAGUUGGAUCUGAUAAAGCUGAAGUGUUCCAACUUGUUCGGGGAUGGGGAAGAGCUUAUCAGUUAUCAAGUCGCUGUGAAACGGAUUGGGGAAUGUCAUCAGCAGCAUGUUCUACUUGUCAAAUACUCUAAAAUAUUAAAUUCCCUGCUGUCUCCGGUGUUAUUUUUGUACGUCAUCAUCUGCUCGCUAAUGCUUUGUGCAAGUGCAGUACAAUUGACAACAGAAGGAACAACGACGAUGCAGCAAAUUUGGAUAGCGGAAUACCUGAUAGCACUCGUCGCUCAAUUGUUCCUGUACUGUUGGCAUAGUAAUAAGGUCCUGUAUAUGAGUCUAAGCGUGGAUCAGGGUGUCUACUCUAGCGCAUGGUGGUCACAAGAGGUGCGCGUACGUCGUUCUAUCGCUUUGCUGGGUGGUCAACUCAACCGACGCGUUGUCUUCACCGCUGGGCCCUUCACUAAGCUCACUGUAUCUACCUUUAUUGGUAUUUUAAAAGGAUCCUACAGCUACUACACACUGCUAAGUAAUAGGGAAUAAUUGUACAGAGUUAAAUAUAUAAAUUUAAUAUAAGUUAAACAAAAAUCACUUAUUUCUCUCAGAGGUCAUGAUGUCAGUAAUUUAGUAUUAAACACAACGUAUUUAAUUAAUUAAUUGUUUCAUAUCUAGUUAGGUAUACCUAGCAUUUA